CGGAGCAUCCAUUACAAGUCUAUCCAGACCAUACGCACAGAGGUAGAGUUCGAAGAGAAAGCAGCGCGGAAGUGGAACCAAUCGUCUUGGGCUAUGGCGACACUCCUCCAGUUUCCAUCCAACAUACUCUUCUUCCAUACUCUCCAAACCCAAAGGGAAGAUAUUGUUCAAUCCAGACAAAGUUGGCCUGUAGAUGCGAAAGGAGGACGGCUGAUUUCUUUUUAUUGCUCCUCAAUGAAUUUUCAGGCACCAUAUAAAUUUUCAAACGGUUCCUCGUCAAAACAAAAGCUUCCUACAAGGUUUUUGAGGGAUAAGAAGUUGAUUUUUGAUGCAGAUCCCCCUGCCCAAAAGGACAUUGAUCAUUCAUACCAUAUUUUGGAACAAAGUGCUCAUGUGACCCAAAAACACAUACUAGGAAGCAGCCACUCGUGCACAAGUCCUCUCCUUUACCCAAGCAGGAGAGCUCUGAAUGUUUCUGUUAUCUCAUUGUUCUUGUAUGGAUUUUCACCAAGCAUUUGUGAGGCCGUUUUUGCUGAAGAGUUGGAGCUUGAGAGAUACACAGAUUCAAAGGAGGGUUUUACUCUUCUUCGACCAUCUUCUUGGGUUAAGGUUGAUAAAGCAGGGGCAACAGUUUUAUUUGAAGAGGAGAAUAAAGGAAGCAACAAUGUUGGUGUUGUAGUAAAUCCGGUUCGUCUUACAAGUCUUGGGGAGUUUGGAACUCCUCAGUUCGUGGCUGACAAACUUAUACAGGCUGAAAAGCGAAAGGAAAGUACAAAGGAUGCAGCAGUGGUUGGUGCUGCAGAGAGAUCUGGUAAGGGAGGUCUACAAGUAUACGAGUUCGAGUACAUGGUCGACAGCACUAGAGGGGGGAUGAAGCGGGUUUUCUCCGCUGCUUUUGUGGCUUCUAAGAAGCUUUACAUCCUUAACGUAUCCCACUCGGACAAACCAGAGAGCCCUCUUGAUUCACAGAGAAGAAAGAUGUUGGAGCAGGUUCUUCAUUCCUUUGAUGCAGCUCCUUCCUCCUGAAAGAUCAUCAUCAGUUCAUGCUCUCCCUCCAAACUAACUCAUUUCCAUUCUGUCUCUGCUUUGCUUUCCAUGCCACCAUGGGGCUUCCAUUUUUCUCUCUAAUUAAUAUAUAUAAAGUUUGUUUCUUCCUAUUC